CGGCCUGAGGGGCGGCCCAGCAGCGCCCGCCCGGGGGCGCGGGAAGCGGACGGGGCUCCCCGCGGCGCCGGGACCGCUCUCCAGUUCCUCAUUUUCCUCCCGGAGCUGAGCCUCCCGCUGAGCUCCGCGCCGGGCACCGAGCGGCGAUGAUGGACCGCGACCGCAACAAGACGCUGCUGCUGGAGCUGCAGAGGGCUGCCGGGACCGGGAACGGCCGCUGCGCCGACUGCGGGGAGCCAGAUCCAGAGUGGGCUUCUUACAAACUUGGAAUAUUCAUUUGUUUGAAUUGCUCUGGAAUCCAUCGCAAUCUUCCUCAAAUCAGCAGGGUCAAAUCCCUUCGGCUUGACUUCUGGGAGAACGAUCUUAUAGAGUUUAUGAAGAAGCACGGGAAUCUCUGUGCCAAAGCUAAAUAUGAGGCGAAAGUCCCUCCCUACUAUUACAUCCCUCAGUCCUGUGAUUGCUUGGUUUUAAGAGAGCAAUGGAUUAGAGCUAAAUAUGAGCGUGAGGAAUUUGUUGCCACCCGAGUCUGCCAAGAUCCUUGUUCUGCAGGUAGCCGUGAAGGAUUCCUCUGGAAGCGUGGGCGGGAAAGCAGACAGUUCCAGAAGAGGCGAUUUCUCCUAUCAGCAAGGGAAGGGGUGAUGAAGUACUACACCAAAGAAUCCAGAGGUCCAAAAGCCAUUAUCAGCAUUGAGAAUCUGAAUGCAAUGUUCCAGACAGAGAAAAUCCAACAUGCUCAUGGGCUGCAGAUCACAUACAACACAGAUGGUCAAACAAGGAACCUUUUUGUCUAUCACGACAGUGGAAAGGAGAUUGUUGACUGGUUCAAUGCCAUUCGGGCAGCACGUUACUAUUAUCUCAGAACAACCUUCCCAACUGUCCCUGAGCCUGAGGUCAUACCCAGGAUCACAAGAAAUUAUGUCAAAGAAGGAUAUAUGGAGAAAACAGGACCAAAACAGAAGGAGGCCUUUAAGGUGCGCUGGUUCUGCCUGGAUUCUCAAGAAAGGAAGCUGAUGUACUUUAAAAAUCCACUGGAUGCAUUUGCACAGGGCCAGGUUUUUAUUGGAAGGACGGAUGAGGGGUAUGAAGUACAAGCCGGCUUGCCCCAGGGAGUCCGGGUAAAGAAGAGGAAACCAGCGAUCACUGUGAUCACACCAAUGAGAGAGUUUGUGUUUAUAUGUGAGAACGAUAAGGAGCAGAGGGAGUGGAUAGAUGCCUUAAAUGGAGUUAUUGCCCAGCCUUUGACUGGUUAAGACUAGCACUGAGUUCUGGUGAACUGCACUUCUUGGGCUCUGUUCAGCAUUGCUCUGUGGCCUCUUUCUGUUGGCAAGGAUGGUGCUCAAGGCCCUGCAGUGACUCUAGUACAAAGGGCUUCUUCCUUCAACAGCCACAAGCACAGGAAGGCUGGCAACAGAGAAAUGAGUAAGAGGGAGUGCAGAUAAUCAGAAAUUAUCUGUGCCCCUCCAGAACCUUGCUUGAAGUGCCUUCUCUCUUCCUGCCCUCCUCUGCUUUUGAGCAGAAGAGGCCUUCCUAGUCUGACAUGGGGAUGAAUCAUCCAGUGUUGUCUUAUGGAAAAAAAACCCCAAAAGUCCAUGGAGGAAAGUUUGACCUCAGAAGGGCUGGCAUGCAUUUCCUUGAGGACUCCUGCAGGUGCUGUUAUAUCAGCUCCUCCUUUUCUUGCCUUGGUCUGAUGUCAGAAGGACUCCUGUACAUCCUGAACGAUGUACCUGACAAUCCAGCCAGCGGCAUGUAUCCUUCCUGUGAAUGGGGUCAUCUGUUACAUGAGUACAUAGGGACAGUGACCAAGAGGCAAAGAUACCAUCUCCUAUCGGGAAGAUGCAGGGUGUCCUGUUGGAUAGAUCUAAGAUACCGAUUCAUGCUGGAGUCACUGGAUGUCCUUCUCAGUCAGGAGCGGAGUCAGGCAGCUACAUUCCACCUGGCGGCAGCUCCUGUCCAGAUAGGGACAUGGUUGUCUUCAACAGAGCGGGUUUAAUGUCUUUCACAGUGUUACAUUUCUGGCACAGUAAAAAAUAAAAGUCAAGUUUGAAUUGUGGA